UCAUGAGGUCACAAAGACCUGGACAAAGCGAAAAAAAAAAGGUCAGAUUGAUCCGAAACUUGUGUUGCCCCCCAAGAAGUUUUCAAUGGUAGACGUUCUGUUUCCACCGUUUUAUGUAAUGUGGUCCACUUGAGCUUCAUAUAUGCCUUAUUUUUGUCAUAUUUCCAUAAAAUGAUCUUCUAAUAUGGAUGGACGGUGUAGAUAUAUUACUUUCAUUAUGAUGGGGCCCACAGAACUUGGUGACGUCAACACACUACGGAGGUGGCACACCAGACCAUCCGUUUCCAAUCCCGUGUUUUGAUGUACAAAAUUACAGAUUUGCCCACACAUAUUAACAAAUUUACAAGCUCUCUUCGCAGAAAAUCCGUCACUAGCUUCAAAUUUCAAGGUUUCUCUUUCUCAUUAUAAUAAUAAGAAAAUAUUAUUUUAUUUUAUUUUAUUAGAGAGAGAUGCCUCCGACGGAUGAAGAUACAAACAAGCUGUUUAGGAUUCGACGGACGGUGUUGCAGAUGUUGAAAGAUCGUGGAUAUCUUGUCGUUGAUUCCGAGAUCGAUAUGAAGCUGCAUGACUUCGUGGCAAAGUUUGGAGGAGAGAACGUUAAGAGAGAUAAUCUCAUCAUCUUCAAAGCAAAGCGGAGCAAUGAUACCGAUAAGAUAUAUGUUUUCUUUCCAGAGGAACCAAAGGUGGGUGUUAAGACAAUGAAGACUUACGCCAGCCGAAUGAAAGAAGAGAAUGUUUUCAGAGCAAUUAUAGUCGUCCAAAAGAGUCUUACCCCUUUUGCAAAAUCUUGCAUUAGUGAGAUUUCAUCAAAGUAUAUUUUGGAGGUUUUCCAAGAUGCAGAGCUGCUGGUCAACAUUAAAGAGCAUGAUCUUGUUCCAGAGCAUCAGGUGCUAACAAGUGAAGAAAAGAAGACCUUGUUGGAUCGGUAUACUCUGAAGGAAACACAGAUUCUGAUGCUACGCAUAUGUUGUUUUGAUCUGAUGGAUUUCAGCUGCCCCGGAUGCAAAUUUCAGACCCAGUCUCUAGAUAUUAUGGCCUCAAGCGUGGAGAAGUUGUUAAAAUCAUCCGACCCAGCGAGACGGCCGGCAGAUAUGUCACCUACCGCUUAGUUGUCUAAGUCAUACAAGAUUUCAUUUUGUAGAGCUUAGUGUUUUAAAGCUGGAUUUUUUGAGUUGUCCAUAUUUGAUUUAUUUGUUGCGGAAUGCUAUGCCCUAUGACACAACUAGGCAAAACCUCAGCUGGACUUGAGGUCAUUUGUCAGGCAUGAAGGCGCAGGGGCAUUUUGGAAAUU